AUGGAGAUAGAAAUAACAAAUAAUUUCAUUGAUUUAUCAGAGAUAGAAGAAGAAGGCUUCAACUGCACAGAAUCAAAAAUAGUAUUGGCAAUUUGGGUCCAAGGCAAUGAAGGUAUUUCCAAGGCUGCCAUACAUCAUUUUGAACAUAUGUUCAAUCUCAACCACAAUUUUACUGAUCAUAACAUCCUUAAUGUGAUCCCUGAAUGUAUCAAUCAUAAUGAUAAUGUUUCUCUCACUACCAUUCCUGAUUUAGAGGAGAUAAAGAAUGUUGUAUUCAAUAUGAGCCCUUCAAGUGCUGCUGGCCCUGAUGGAUACAAUGGCAACUUUUUAAAAAAAUGUUGGAAUAUCAUUCAAGAGGAUAUCAAAAACACGGUUCAUGCCUUCUUCAAUGGAAAGAAUUUGACCAAGUUCUACUCACAUACUUGUUUGGUUCUGAUUCCCAAGGUAGAGUCUCCUUCUAACUUUGGAGAUCUAAGACAAAUUAGUCUUAGUAACUUCACAGCUAAGAUCAUCUCUAAGAUCCUUUCAAUUAGGCUGAAUCAUUUACUAGAUAAGAUUAUCUUUGAAAAUCAAUCUGGCUUUGUCAAAGGCAGACUCAUCACUGAAAAUGUUCUUCUAGCACAAUAA